GUGUAAUAUUACACUUGCCGCCGCACCGUUCAUCAUUCUUUUUGCGGUCGGCUAACAGUUCGCGACUCAGGUUGUAGCGCGCGAGACAGUGACAGCUAUGAACCAGGUGCCGUCACCCACCACUGCUUCUCCUACGGGAGGAGCCGCCAAGAAGGAAGACCACAUCAAGCGUCCCAUGAACGCCUUCAUGGUCUGGUCCCGCAUGCAGCGACGAAAGAUUGCUCAAGAAAACCCCAAGAUGCACAAUUCAGAGAUCUCCAAACGACUGGGUUCCGAGUGGAAACUGCUAACAGAAGCCGAGAAGCGUCCCUUCAUCGAUGAGGCCAAGCGUCUUCGAGCCCAGCACAUGAAGGAGCAUCCAGACUACAAGUAUCGCCCUCGCAGGAAACCCAAAACUCUGCAGAAGAAUGGCUACAGCUUCCCACUGCCGUACCUGGCCACGUCAGCGCUGGACCCACUCGGUCCGCUCCACCAGACCUACUACUCCGCGCCCUCUGUACCCUCACCGCUCGACGUCGCCGGGGACAAGUCGCGCCUGUUCCACGGAGCCACCCUACCUCAUCACUUCUAUCCAGGCUUCGACCCACAGCACUUCAGCAAGCUGGCUCAGGAUCACUACAAGCCCAUCACCUCCCUGGCAAGUAACGAAUCCGCUGCCGCUGCCGCCGCUGCCAGUGUGUCUGCCGCCUCCAUGAGCGGCAUGUCCACCGUGUCAGCCUUGUAUUCAUCCCUCUACUCCAAAUCAGCGUCCUCCCUCUUGUCUGGUAUGUCGGCGGGGCUGACGAGCGGACAGCAGAGCGCACCACAGCACCAGCUCUACCCAGGGUACCCUCCCACCGUAGACCAGUUGCGCCGACCCGUCUCGGUCAUCUUCUGAGCCGAGCCCAAGCCUCACCACGACACCUCGUAGUGUACAAGAGUGUUGCCAAGUGUACAUAGUGUACCAUAGUGAACAGUGACCAAUAUUAAACCUCCCCAACGCUUCCGCGGUCACGGACUUCAUGACAAUACAGAACACCGUUUGAUGACUCAGCGUGGGUGUGGUGGGUCACAAGGAGCCGUGCAGUGGUAGCGCCAUGCCAGGCCGUGUGGCGCCCAGCCCGGCGUGGUGAGGCCCUGGCGGGGCGGCCUGCGUGGCGCCGCUGUCUGGCGCGGCACCUCCUCGCGGUGCCAUGUGUUGUGUGUCAGUAGGUCGUGUCUGGCCUGUCUAGUGGCAAUGUAAGUACUCAUGUACAGUUUCUUUUCACGAAAUGAUUACUCGUCUCAUAACAAGCUCCGCUGAAAUGCUGCUUACAUUGCUCCCGGACUGUAUACUUCAUUAACAAGUGUACAAGUGCGCCUAGGCUAGUCUUUUGAAGCUCAUGAAUAGAAUCUAUUUAACUUUGUUGUUUUGAUGUUGAAUUAUAUGUGUAACCGUACUUUUGUACCAUGUACAUAGUCGCUGAUGUUAAUAAUAAUCAGUAUAAAGUGAU